AUUUUAAUUCUAAUACACAAUGCAAAUAGACCCGUAAAAAUGAGUUCCACGUCAUCUAAGCCCUUACCAUCUCGUAUGAUGCUUCAAAUACUGAAGCAAAAGAGAACUAACGCGCAUCUAGGAUAUUCGCUACUAAAAAGAAAGAGUGAUGCUUUAGCAUCGAAGUUCAGAAAGCUACUUAAGGAUACCAUACAGGGCAAGGAAAAGGUGAUAGAGGGAUUUAACGAAGCGUCGUACGCACUCUCUAAUGCCGUGUGGUCAGCAGGAGAUUUCAAAUCACUGGUAGUGGAAUCUGUAGGUAGAUCUGCCGUUACACUGCGAGUACGCACGGAAAAUGUAGCCGGAGUGAUCAUACCACACUUUGAAUUAAAAAUCGACCCUACAGUCGAUGUUAUCGCAAACAUUGGAUUAACAACCGGUGGACAUGUUAUACAUUCCGUGAAAACAGCACAUCUAGAGUUCUUGGAAACCCUGGCUGAACUGGCAUCACUCCAGGUAUCCUUCAUGAUGCUGGAGCAGGAAAUUAAAAUGACAAACAGGCGUGUAAACGCACUUGAUAAUCUGGUAAUACCGACAAUCGACAACAACCUGGAGUACAUCAAGCGUGAAUUAGAUGAACUAGAACGUGAAGAGUUCUAUAGACUGAAAAUGGUGCGCAACAUGAACCAAGAUGAUGAUAUCCCAAAACGGGCGUCAACGGAUUCACAAGAUGUACACGAAACUGGCCAAUCCGAGCCACAGACAAUAUUCGAGUCAGUAGAUGAAGAUAUCGUUGUUUAGACUAUGUAAUC